AUGCCUUCAAUAUUUGAUUACUCCGCACAUUACCAACAGGCUGCAUGCUUUGUGCUUAUGACCAACUAUCUUGCCCCUAUCCUCUUUGUAUCGACUCCCUAUAUUGGUGGAGUAUGGGGUAGUUUAGUGACUAAAUCCCAAAUGAAAUGGUACGACUCGCUUAAAAAGCCCAAGUUUACUCCACCCAAAUGGUUAUUUGGUCCAAUGUGGACUUUAUUAUAUGGUUGCAUGGGUACAGCAUCUUAUCUAGUAUGGCGGGAUGCUCCUUCAGGCCAGGCGAAACUCCCCUUAGCCAUAUACGGCAUUCAUUUGCUCCUUAAUUGGUCCUGGAGCCAUGUAUUCUUUGGUGCUCAUAAACUCAAGACGGUAAGAACUUUAUUUGCCAUGAUGAUUUACGAGUACCAUGCUGAUUAUAUGCUUAGC